CAGUAGUCCAUCACGCAUCUGACCUGCUCCUGCUCUCCUCAUGCUGGGAAGAUUUAUACAAAGCUUCAUCGCACACUCUAUCCAGCAUUCAGGAGUCCACAGUUCAGACAGAGUUCAACAUAACAAGAUUGUCUGAUCCUCCGUAUCAACAAAACAAAAUUAAAGCCCUCUCAGUCUGUCAGUAUGAAGGUGUUAGAGGUGGGAGACUCAGUGAGUCAGUUCAGGUUGGCUGAGUCAUGUGUGGGGCUGGCAGGGUGUCUGUGUGUGGCCUACUCUGUUUGGACCCCUCGCUGGCUCAAUGACCAGGGACUGUGGUCUAUAGGCAACAACAGCACCAACACAGACAGUGAUGGUGACCAGACUGGGGACAUCAUCUUUAACGCCCUGGAGGCAGAGCAAGUGUUUGGGGUGCUGUCAUUCCUCAUGGCUGUGAAUUCAGGGGCUCUGUGCCUCGUGUUCGCCCUCUGCUGGACAUCCCAGACAGUGCGCUCUUACUCCAACACCCGCUCCCUCCUCAUGGCAGGCCAGGCCCUCUACCCCACCGUCUUGCUGCUCCUCACUCUGGGACCCACAGGAUUCUUCUUCCUCCUCAGCUGGUCCCUCUUCACCUACCAGCACCGGGUGGAGAUCAGCGAUGACUUCACAUGCCUGGGCUCCUCCUUUUGGCUGGCUACCCUGGGCUGGGCCCUGCUAUUGGUUGCUCUGCCUGUGGUCUUCCUGGUGGAGCAGUGUGUGGUCCCGGACAUCCUGCCAGAUCUCAUGAAGGCUGCCGAUGGGUGGCGGGGCGCCUCCCAGGUACCGUACGCCCAGCGCUCGUUCAUCGUGAGUCACCAGCGUUGUCAUGAAGACCAGAGUGAUGAAGAGAUUGCGAGAGGGCUGAGGAGGUACAUGUCUGUACCCUGAGAGGAGGAAUUAGAGAGGACACAGGACAGUGAUGGAGUAUUCGUGUAACCUGAUUCAGGCUCAGAGACUGAGCUGACUGCAGAAUGGGAUUGGACUGCGCACACAGCUGAUAGGGGUCCAUGUUCACACUAGCAGUUCACCAGGGAGAGGAGCUUCUAGUCUGUGUCUGUAUCAGAGAUUUCUACACCGUUGGAGAAUGUUUACAGACGCACUCUGAGAAUAUGUAAUAUUUAGACUAAUCAAAUCCAAUUUCAUUGGUUGUGCACACAUAUUUUGCAGAUGUUAUCGCAGAUGCAGCGAAAUGCUUCACAUAAUGUGCCAUUGGAACACAGGAGUGAUGUUUGUUGAUAAUGGGCCUCUGUACGCCUAUGUAGAUAUUCCAUAAAAAAUCUGCUGUUUCCAGCUAAAAUGGCCAUUUACAACAUUAACAAUAUCUACACUGUAUUUCUGAUCAAUUUGAUGUUAUUUUAAUGGACAAAAAUGUGCUUUUCUUUCAAAAACAAGGACAUUUCUAUGCCCAAACCUUUGAACGGUAGUGUAUAUACACACAAAUAUAAUGGUAUGUGUAUAGACAGUAUAUGAAUAGAAAAGUUGUGUACAGGAGUAGAUAUAUAGGAUAAGCCUUGAAUAGAAUACUGUAUAUACAUAUAAAGUGGGUAAAACAGUAUGUAAACAUUAUUAAAGUGACCAAAAGUGUCAAUGCUGAGAUAAAGGGUUCUUGUCAAGCAAGGAACAAUUUAUUAUUUGUAGUUGUUUGUUGCCGAGCACACUUUCAGUAAGAUUUUCUGUGUAGUAAAGGAAAUAUUUAUGUUACAAUAGCAGCCUCAUGUGGUGAGUAUGACCAAGCUUUGAUGUUGAAAAAGCUAUUUUUUAUACAGCUUGGCAGCAGUGUUCUGUUCGCAAGUAUUCAACAUUAAUUAGUGGAAAGUCACACAUUUUGGUUGUUUGUGUACAAAGUGGGAUCACUACUUGUUGAAUUUAGAUGAAAGUGAUACAUACAUUUACAGUUUAACAGUUUAACUAAUACUUCUAAGACAGUCCUAUGUGAAUGUGCAUUUUCUCAGUAAGCUUGAUACUCAUCACCACUAUAAAGUGUGAUAUUAUUGAUAUUGUACCUUUAAAAACAGAUGAAUAAACUGCUGCUUUUAUUUA